AUGGCGACGAAAGGUAUUCGAUCAGCGUAUGGAAAACUUUCUCGUUUUCUACCGUCUAAAUUGUAUAUAAGAAACUACUGUCAUCCAGUAACGGACGAGCAAUAUCUUUACCAUCCAAUGGUACGUCCUCUGGAACCAGAAGCCCAGACACUUUCUUUAACAAAGACCUUAAACAUGGGUGACAUUUCAAGUUGCUUGCAAGACACAUCCAUUGACUCUGUCACUCGAGAAGAAAUGAUGGGAAAAUUUAAACAAAAUGUUCUUCAGACAAGGCUGUUCAACUUUGAUGGAGAGCAUGCAACAAGGGAUAUGGCUGCUAUGCCCCUGAUGCAAAAUAUGCUCAGGGUUGUGUGGAGUUAUGCUAAAUGGUGAGAAAUACAGCUUACUUAUAUGGAAAGCUCCUUUAACAUUUUUUCCCUUUAAAUUUUGAGUUUGUCGAGACAGAAUUGACAUAAAAGGAUCUAUUUAUUUUUUUUGCAAAGUGAAAUAAGCUGGAACCCCUUUGAUCAUGCAGUGUUCCUACUGACUUACCCUUGGUGGGGAAAUGUUUACUGAUGGGGGGAGGGUCAGCUGUAAAAUUUGUCGCAAAUAGGAGUCAAGAGUGGCUCACUGAUAUUUUUAUAUUUUUGUUUUAAUAAUGUAUCUUAGUAUUUGUUCUUUUUUUUAAUUUCUAUUUUAACUUCAUCCACUUUGGAUGCUCAUGAAGAAUAGAUAUGUAAAAAAAACCGGCAUCAUGUAGUGUUGCAUUCUUAAACUUGUUAAAGAAGACUUCUUGACUUAUCAGAGUGACUUUUAAUUUUUGAAAUUUGAUCAAAAUUUAGGAGAACCUUAUAUAUUAUUCCUUUAGUUGGUUCAUCUCAUGACAUUUAUACUCUAUUAGAAUAUUAACCCUUUAACUCCCAGAAGUGAUUAACGUAAAACUUCUCCCUACAAUAUCCAUACAUUCUUCAGCAAACAGGUUACGAGAACAUUCAAACUUAUCAGGUAGAAGCUGCUAUCUUAAUCUAGCACCAAGUUCUCAUAACUAAUUUACAAGGAAAUGUGUAGCAGCCACAGGGAAGAAUUAACAAUUGGAUCUUGGGAGUUAAAGGGUUAAGUAGAAUUAUUCUAAUUUCACAAAUAAAACCCUAAAAUGUAAGUGUAGGUCUUUUUUUUACAUAGCUAGUACAUUUUUAUGUUUUAGCUUCCCAGGACUGUUGGAUACCUCUCUGACUUUCAAGCCUCAUGUGUCUGCAAAUUGGGAAAGGGAACACACAAUACUGGUGUCUGGACAUCUUGGCUUUUUGUUGUCCUCUAAAAUUCCUCUCAAACAAGUAGCUGACAGGAAUGAGAUAGAAAAAAGCAAAGAAAUCCAGGUGGAAAACCCUGAGAUAAUUUCUCCUGUAUUUCACCUUCCCCUAACACGAAUCAGACCAAAGUUUGACACUGGCUUUCACAGUUCUCCACCAUUUCCUUAUCCUCAUACCUUCAUCAUAGUCAGCGAAGAUACAAAAUGCUCAACAGGUCAAUUAAUUGGUCAAGGUAAGGUUAUACAAUUCAUGUAGCUGACUUGGAAAGUUGUUAGGUUUUGUAAGCAGCCAUUAUUUGGGAAGUGGGAGAUGCAGUGGCUCUGUGCACUGGACUCAGGGUUAAGAGGUCUUGGUUUGAGACCUGGUGAUGUCAUUUUGUGGUGUUCUUAGGAAAAACACUUUACUUUUGCAGUGCCUUUGUCCACCUAGGAAUAUGUACUGGAAAACUGUCAGGGAAGCCUCGUGAAAUGCUGUGGGGUAACCUUCAGAUGGACUGGCAUCCUAUUAUUAAGAUAAAGAGCGUUUUCUCCCACUAAGACUUUGGUUUGAAUAAGCAGUGGAAUUGAACCUGGAUAUUUGCAAAAUAUUGGAGAUGAAGAAGAACCUAGGAAGAAGCUUGUAAUGACCCCAGAAUAGUACCCAAGGACAUGGCUGAAGGGGGUUCUGGGGUGCCCAUGACCCUCCCUCCCUUUGUUAGCCCUUUUUUUAAAGUAAAACAUGGCAUGGAGGGAGACAUGACAAUCUAGUGGGUACCCUGUGUUUGACAGAGUGCAACCCCCUUUUGAAAAAUCCUGGCAAUGCCCCUGGUACCAUUAGUGGUAAAAAUUAGAAUAAAAACUCGGAGAAAAUAGAAAUCAGUUUGGAAUUUGAAAAGUUUGAAAUUGUUUUAAACUGCAAUAUAUUCUACACUAUUUUGCACCGAUAAAAAUUUUUUUCUUUUUUCCCUUUAAUUUGCUUUCAGGUAUCAUGUUUGUCUGUGCUCGGCUUGUGGCAGAAGCAGUACAGAGUUGCAAAUAUCAGCUGGGAGAUGAUUUGGAAAAGCCCCUAUCUAGCCAGUGCAUCAUCACCGAUGGAAUUCGACUCUCAUUUAUAAACUACCAGCUGAACACCUUAAGUUUUCAUGGCAAUGAAGGCAUCAAAAACAUGGCUUGGAUUAGUCCAGGGGUUUUCAUGUACAAAAAGGCUAUGUUUGAAGAUUUGGAAAAACCAGUUGCAGAAAAAACUGUUAAGGAAAGGAAAAGAUUCCGACGUCCAGUGACACUCAAAGAUCCAGCAAAGCAUGAAAUAGUUUUAGAAGAGUUUAAUCCUGACUGCUUUGAAACAUUUGUAAAAAUGAUUGUAAAUGGAUGCAAAGCAAUUUAACAAAAGUGUAGACUAAAACCUUUCAAUGAGUGACUUUAAAUUUAGACUCAGAGAGUUGAUGUAAACAGUGUCUGUAGGGGAAACCUAAAGCUUUUAUGAAGCUUAUUAUGAAGUAUAUACAAAGACACAGCACUGACACAC